AUGAGGACCACGGCGAGGCCAACGGCGGCGGCGACGGCGCUCGCGCUCAUCCUCGUCCUGGUGUUCUCGCCGUCCCCCGCCGCUGCCGCAGCGAGAAUGUUCAAGACCAUCGACGCCCGACGGAGCCAGCAUCUGGACCUCGGCGGAUCACUGGUCGGGCCAGAGAGCGUCGCGUUCGACGGCAAAGGCCGCGGCCCAUACAGCGGCGUCUCCGACGGCCGCGUCAUGAGGUGGAACGGCGAGGCGGCUGGCUGGAGCACCUACACGUACAGCCCCAGCUACACGAAAAACAAGUGCGCGGCAUCGACUCUCCCCACGGUUCAAACCGAGAGCAAAUGCGGCCGUUCGUUGGGCCUACGGUUUCACUUCAAAACCGGCAACCUGUACAUCGCCGACGCCUACAUGGGAUUGAUGCGAGUUGGGCCAGGAGGUGGUGAGGCAACAGUGCUAGCCACGAAGGCUGAUGGCGUGCCACUUCGCUUCACCAAUGGGGUGGACAUUGAUCAGGUUACCGGAGAUGUGUAUUUCACUGACAGCAGCAUGAACUACCAACGAUCUCAGCACGAGCAAGUCACGGCGACCAAGGAUUCGACCGGACGGCUCAUGAAGUAUGACCCACGAACUAACCAAGUCACCGUUCUUCAAUCCAACAUAACCUACCCGAACGGUGUCGCCAUUAGCGCUGACCGAACACAUUUGAUCGUUGCGUUGACCGGCCCAUGUAAGUUGAGGUAUUGGAUUCGAGGUCCAAAGGUUGGUAAGUCCGAACCAUUUGUCGACUUGCCAGGCUAUCCUGAUAAUGUGAGGCCUGAUGAGAAAGGUGGUUACUGGGUAGCGCUCCAUCGUGAGAAGUAUGAGCUUCCAUUUGGUCCGGACAAUCACUUGGUUGCAAUGAGAGUUAGUGCUGGUGGAAAGCUGGUGCAACAGAUGAGAGGACCAAAGAGCUUGAGACCAACUGAAGUGAUGGAGAGGAAGGAUGGCAAAAUAUACAUGGGAAAUGUUGAAUUGCCAUAUGUCGGAGUCGUCAAGAGUAUCUAGAUGUAGCAUUAAUUUGUACUUAUAUCGUGCUAGAUUUAUGCAUUAUUUGUGUG